AUGGCCAAUAUCCCAACUCGAACCCUUGGUCGUGAUGGCCCACAGGUGCCUGCUGUUGGCCUUGGUCUCAUGAGCAUCGGUGGUGUAUAUGGCUCUGCUGGUUCUCUGGAGGACAAACUCGCUAUUCUGGAUCAUGCACAUGCUACUGGCCAGUGGAACUGGGACACCGCCGAUCUGUAUGCCGAUAGCGAAGAUGUUGUUGGAGAAUGGGUCAAGCGACGAGGCGACAAGCGCAAUGACAUCUUCCUUGCUACUAAGUUCGGCUGUAUCGUGGAGGGUUCCGGUGCUUUGAAAGGAAUUCGAUCGGACCCAGAGUACGUCAAGGAAGCGUGCAACAAGAGUCUUGGACGUCUAGGAGUGGAUACUAUCGAUCUCUAUUACUGCCACCGUGUUGAUGAAAUCACUCCCAUUGAGAAGACCGUCGAGGCUAUGGUCGAAUUGAAAAAGCAAGGAAAGAUUCGAUAUAUCGGACUUUCUGAAGUUUCAGCAGCCAGUUUACGUCGUGCCCAUGCUGUACACCCGAUCGCUGCUCUGCAGAUCGAAUAUAGCCCUUUCGCCCUUGACAUCGAGUCACCUCAGACAGACCUCUUGAAGACCUGUCGUGAGUUGGGUGUUGCAGUCGUUGCAUACAGUCCUAUUGGUCGGGGUCUGUUGACUGGAGACUUCAAGAAGUUUGAAGAUUUCCCCGAAAAUGACUGGCGUCGUAUCUUGCCUAAGUACCAGCCCGAGCACUUCCCUAAGAUCGUGGAGCUGGUUGAGGGUGUGAAGAAGGUGGCCCAAGCUCAUGGGGCCACGCCCUCCCAAGUUUCGAUCGCAUGGUUGUUGGCUCAGGGGUCCGACAUCAUUCCUAUUCCUGGCACACGGUCGCAUCAGCGCAUGGAUGAAAACACAAAUUCUGCUCUGCUCAAGCUUUCUGAUGAGGAAUUGAAGGAUAUUCGUGAGUUGGUUGAGCGGACCAAAGUUGAAGGAGAUCGGUAUGCUGCAGCGUAA